UGUUGUUCUCUUAUAAAUCAUCUCCAUAUUGCACAAACAAUAUACCACCAUUUUUUGCUAAAAUUAAAGGUCUCAUAUUAUGUCUCCAAUAAUUCAACCAGCCAUUAGUGUGAAAACACUUUCUGAAUUACCAAAUCUCAAAUCUAUCCCUUCAAAUUAUGUGAACUCUUCUAUCUAUCCAUCUGAUUCCCCUGCAUCUGAGCCACAUGAUUAUUCAGACUCCAUCCCCACCGUUGAUUUUUCCCUACUCACCUCCACUGAUCCUCAUCAACGGUCUGAAGCUAUCAACACCCUCAGUAAAGCUUGCCAAGAUUGGGGAUUUUUCAUGGUGGUGAACCAUGGGAUACCAGAAAAUUUGAUGAAGGAUGUGAUCGAUGGGACUGAAGGAUUUUUCAAUUUAAGAGAGGAAGAGAAGAAAGAGUUUGCAGGGAAAAAUGUGUUGGAUCCCAUAAGGUAUGGGACUAGCUUCAAUACCUCUAAGGAAAAAACUUUCUUCUGGAGGGACUAUCUUAAGGUCUUUGUGCAUCCUCAAUUUCACUCACCAAACAAACCCCAAGGAUACAGUGAUAUUAUGUGGGAGUAUUGUGAGAAAACUCGACAAGUAACAAAAGAAUUACUUGGAGGAAUAUCACAAGGUUUAGGACUUGAAGAAUGUUAUUUGGAAAGAACUCUAGAGAUGAAGUCAGGAUUUCAAAUUUUCAUUGCAAAUUAUUAUCCAUGUUGUCCUCAGCCAGAGCUAGCCCUUGGAUUGCCACCCCAUUCAGAUCAUGGUCUUUUAACUCUAAUUAUUCAAAACCAAGUUGGAGGAUUACAAGUUCAACAUCAAGGCAAAUGGAUUCAUGUCAAUGCACUUCCUAACUCCCUCUUUGUCAAUACCGGCGACCAUCUUGAGAUUUUUAGUAAUGGGAAAUACAAGAGCAAUGUACACAAAGUAGUUGUGAACAAAACAAGUCCAAGAAUAUCAGUGGUUGUUGCUCAUGGACCAUCACUAGAAGCAAUUGUAAGCCCUGCUUCCCAAUUGGUACAAAAUGAAAGUAACCCUCCAGCUUAUGUUCCAAUGAAGUACAAGGAUUACAUGGAGAUGCAGCAGAGUAAUCAAAUUCACAAAAAAUCCAUUUUGGAACAAGUCAAAAUUCAGAGGAACUGAAUGUUUUUUUUUAAAUAAUAUAUGUAAUGGGAAAUACUCGUGUAAUAAUGUAAGAAUUUGAAUGCAUGUAGUGAUGUUUAUCAUUAAA